UGCGUAGCCUCCCGGACACCGGCGCGCACCGACCCUCUUCCCUGGCUACCGAGCUAGUCUGCGGACACGCACUUCCUGCGAGGCCUCACUGCGCACCUUGGAGGAGCCCAGCCGAACCGAGCCGAGCUUUGCCUUCCAAGCCGUUCGCCAUGGUAGACGAGCUGGUGCUGCUGCUGCGCGCUCUCCUGGUGCGGCACCGCGUCCUGAGCAUCGAGAACGGCCGGCUCAUGGAACAGCUGCGGCUGCUGGUGUGUGAGAGAGCCAGCCUGCUGCGCCAGGUACGUCCGCCGAACUGCCCGGUGCCUUUCCCCGAAACAUUUAACGGUGAAAGCGCCCGGCUCCCCGAGUUUGUCGUGCAGACGGCGUCUUACAUGCUAGUGAAUGAGAACCGAUUCUGCAACGACGCCAUGAAGGUGGCAUUCCUAAUCAGCCUCCUCACUGGGGACGCCCAGGAGUGGGUGUUGUCCUACCUCGAGACGGAUAGCCCCAUCCUUCUUGAUUACCGGGCCUUCCUUGAUGAGAUGAAACGGUGCUUUGGCUGGGAGGAAAGUGAUGACGACGACGACGACGACGACGAUGACUACUACGACGACGGCGACGACGGCGACUACGGCGAAGACGGCGACUACGGCGACGACGGCGACUACGGCGACGACGGCGAAUACAGCGACUACGAAGUGAUUGAAUACUAGGCCCAAGCCCCUGUGGCCUACAGGGGAGGGCCCGGCACAUUGCCACCCCCUCCUCCCCACCCCUUGCUUCCCACCUAACUUGGAGCUGCUGCUCUCCCCUUCGCCCUCUGGGUCCCUUCCCUACCCCUGCCCUUCUAUUCUCUCUCUCAUCUUCCCCGUAGUGCUUGUCUUUGUUCCAGGAUUAGGGCUCCAGUUACCUGAUGCUGAGGCAGGGCCUUGCUUGGAAGUGUUUGGAAGCCUUCAGAAGCGUCAUUCACUUUGCCAACUCCAGGACCCUUCGCUUGCUAAUCUGAACUGUGUCUUGAGCCCCAGCUGUUGGCUAGGUCCCUGUUACAAACUGGUGAGACCACUCACAGCCCUGCUGCUACCAUCUGCCUGAAUGUCAGGCCUACAUUUUACCUGGAGACGUAAUCUGCUGCUUGGCCACUAUUCACCACUCCCACUGAUAGACCACUCCUGUUGGCAAUAAGAACGAACUUGGAAGAUGCUCCAGCUAGCUGCACCUCUUCAGACAUUGAUUUGGACAGCUCACCGACCCCUGAAGGGGUCAGUCUUUCAUCCUGGUUAGUUUUUUGUGUACUCCCAGUGUUCUCCCUACCCCACCAGAUUGCUGCAGGAGCCUGGUGUGCCUGGUAGCCAAAUUGUUGACAUUUCGUUUCUCCUAUGUACCAGUUUUACACAGCUGUCACUUUUCUUUCAAAAUUGCAGCAGUUCCACAAAUGUGUGCAUUUGGAUAAGUAAUAUACAGCCUAGCCCCUCAGUACUACCUGGAGAAAGCAUUGGCAUUCUGUUCAAUAAAUAUCAAGCACUACAAAAAAAUAAAUUAUUGUCUUUUGAUGGUUAA